AUGUCAAAAGUUACAGAGUUGUACGGAGGCGCAAUUACUACUGUGAUCCCUGGUGGGUUUUUGGAUGCAUCGCUGGUGCGUGAAGUACCUGACACCCAAGAGGUCUUUGUGAACAGCCGGAAAGAAGACGAGGCCAAGGAUUUUAACGAUGGGUUAUUAUUCAAUGAGAGUGUUAUAGUAGACCUUUUACAGAUGGUAGAUGCCAGUACUGAUAAGGAUGCAUUGGAUAUACAUAUCAAAGAGAUUGCCUCUCUGAAUAAAUCCUCAGAGUUACAUAUUGUCAAAUACGAACCCCUAACGGACACUACUCAGAGUUGUAUCUGCGUAGAAGAUGCCUACAAGUGGGGAAAGCUUUCUGAGAAGGAGACUGUUGCGGUAUGUACUGCUUUGAUCAGACUUGCCGAUGUCGAAACAGAUGUUGUGCUGACAAUAAAUGUCCCUGUGACACAGGAUCAACCUGAGGAAUUAAGCAUUUUAGAGAAAGGUGAGUUACCAUCCAGAAUCCUUGCUGCAUACAAAUUAGUCAAAGAUAUGGCUGUUCAGUUUAGAGUUGUCGACAACUCAUUGUUUGUUUAA